CAGACAUUCGAACAGCUGCAGUUAACCAGGCUGUUUACAGAGGAUGUGACGUGCUAGUGUUUUGAAUCGUGCAGGCUAACCAGCAGCACGGAUAGCCAGUAACCACCUCACUGACCAGCAUCCCCUUCACACAUUCGGGGGGAACUGUGAGCUUCAUGUCCCUAUAAUAUCUGCCACAUAGGAGAACGCAAUGGACCUCCAAAAAAUCAUCCACAGUGCGCUGUACGAAUUUAUUCAGGCUUACAUUCCUGAUGCAGAUCUCAGCACACUGGAUGAUGUUCUCCUGUCUUACAUCACUGGAGUCCUGGAGGAUCUGGGCUCCGAGCAGAGUAUUGAGGAGAACUUAGACGUGGAGGACUUUGCAGAAAUGCUAGAAGCUUACAUACCUGGCUUUGCUGAAAUUGACAGUGUCAAAGUCUGUGAAAUGAUGUUCAAUCUAGCUUCAAAACUGGCCACUGCUCGGACCUCAGACGUUGAGACUAAGGCAAAGACAGAAGAGAUUUCAUUGAAAUUCACCACCCUGCCCAAUGAACCUCCACCAGCAGAAACGCAGUGCCUUAAAACAGAGACAGAGGGCGCCACUGCCAAGCAACCCGUGUCUGCAUGGGAGUCCCAAGAGCAGCAUCUGCUGGAAAUGUUUCCAAAGUGCAGUCUGUCCGAGGCUCGCAGCGCCCUGUGUAUUGCCAAAGGAGACAUUGAGGAAGCUGUGCGCCUUAUCAUAGAGGGCGAUGUCCAACUCAGCCCAAGUCCUCUUAACGUUAACCCCGGGAAGAGUAUUUCCUCAGUGGCAGACCAAAAACUUAAAGAGAGCAUCCUUGAGAAGUACAUGUUGGUUGACAGGGAUGAGGAUAAAAAAACGCACCGGCCUUUGCCACCUAAAGAGGCGCCAAAGAAGCUAGUUCGGUACCACGGUAACCAGGUGGUAACCACAAAAGGAGAGCGCUAUCAGCUUGUGAAGAAAGACGAAGAAGAGGACAUGAAGAAGACGUAUGUCAACCUGAAGCCCGCACGAAAGUACAGAUUCCAUUGAUGACGAGCACGACCGUGUAAGAGCAGCUACUGACAAUAUUGUUUACACUUUUUUAUUAUUUAUUAAGUUCAUUUGGUCCAAGUAUAGGAACAUAUAUAUUUAAGUGUGUCAGUGGCUUAUUUUGAAAUGGUGUUGCCAUUAUAUGCCUUGGUUAAAACAUUAAUCAGUGUUUCAGUUAAGCUUUUAAAAUGAUGUGUGAUAUUUUGGUGAGGAUGUUGUAACUUGUGUUCCCGUGUAACAGCCUAACCUAUCUACUUGUUGCCAUCUCAGCAGGUCUGAUGUUGCACUGACCUUUUUAUUUGUAUUUUCCUUCACUCCUAAUAGCUGAUAUAGAUUCAUUAUCAUGAUGUUGUCGAGAUGAAUCUUUUAUCAGUCCUGUAAAUACGAUUUUAUGGUGCUGUAGAGCUUUUUGUGGACAUUUCAAGUCAUUGAUGCCAAUUUCAUUUCAAAUUCUAUUUUUACAUUGCAGAAAUACAGUGCUGGGAAAAAGCUUGGUCAAUCCUUGUGAGUGGGACAAUUUGUUGUGCUACAAAAUGUUUUUUAAAUAAAGAGUAUUUUCUGAAACAUCUUUUUAAUGAACAUUUGUACAGGGACUAUCUUCAGUAUUCCUCACCUAGGCCAUAAUUUCGGUACAGUGCCGACCCAAAACAACGGCUACCUGGAUGACGUUGCAAAACACAUCUGGGUUUUUGAUGCAUUUGUUCCAGAUUUGAGCAAAAUUAGUCAGGAGAUUAAUGGCAAAUGAAGUUGUGUGUUUCAGAGGCGGAUGCAUUCAACCUUGAAUUGUCCUUGUUACAAAUAGCUCUCCUGCUAGCUCGCAACAAGAGGAAGUCCUGAUUAAAUGGUAAUUCAUUUUCUAGCACAACAAAUUCAAUUCUCAAGAGGUGCAGAAACUGUUACAGCACUAUCAUAUUUGGAGGACUGUGGUUGCCCGCUACAUUUUAAGCGAAACAUGCUGUGGAAGGACUUGAUUUUGAAGUUCAAUCCAAUAGAAUUAUCUCUAUUUUUAGUAAAACUGUUUAGAUUUGCAAAUUCUCCAGUCAUGUUUUUAUUGUGAAGAGGGCCGUUGUGUGCUUUAAGGGUCUGUUAACAUGAGGUUGGUCCUCUAUCCUUUCAUCUCAUUUGUGUUGUGAAUUUUGCUUUGCUUGUAAUUGUUGGUUGUGGACAUUUUUAUUAGGAUUGGUUUUCUAAUUGUAUUCUUGUCGGUUGUAUUAGGAUAAAUGGGUUGGUCAGGUGUUUGUUUUUUCCAAAUAUAUACCGUUGUUUUUUUGUGUUCCACUGUAACUAUUACUAUAAGUAUUGUUUUUGAUUGGUGGUUUACUCUAGAGGUAGAUGUAAUGCAAUUGAGUGUUGAAAAGAUGUGCUGUAACUGCAGCAAACGUGUCUUUAGUAACAAUAUGAAGCUCUUCAGUCAGAUUUUGAACACUGCACUUCGAGAGAUGUCGAAGUCUAACGCACAAUUUGUAGUAAAUAAAUACUGAUUUUUGUAUAUUAUUCAGAUUGUGUUUUUUUAAUUGUUCACUCAUAUAUUUGAGUUCAUAGCUUUGUGUAUAUAAAUGAUCACAUCA